GUUCCAGUCUGUGAUGUGCGCCACAGCAGGAGAGGAUGUAGGCCCCAGUUAGAAACACUCCACAAAAAUGUACCGCACCCCCGUGCUCCUGUUGUGUCUCCUGAGUGUGACCGCAUCUGCGGGUGACGCUAACUCUCUCACUGGUACCGACUCCACUUCCUCCGACGAUUUGAUACCGUGCGAGAAGAGUGAUGACUGCAAGGAACUCGAGGGCCCGCACAUCUGCUCUAAUGGCACGUGCUACGGCUGUUACGAGUGCUGCGCCUUCAAGAAACCGCACUGUCCUUGGAGGCGGUGCCCCUGUACCUGGUUUUUAACAGACGAGGAGCUGAAGAUCGUAGCCCAAGCAGUUUUAGGAGUUGCCGUAUUUGUCACUUGUGUAGCUCUGCUGAGCUUGCUGUGGAAAAUAUGUGCAAGACGCCUGCGGCGGCGGCGGCGGGGGCGGCGCCUGGAAGCGGGGGCGGACGUGCCGGACGACGCGGCCAGCCUCAGCUCGCAGCAGGUGUUCGUGGUGGAGCGGCUGCGCGACCGACCGCCGCGCUACGAAGAGGCCGGCCGCGACUUCGCCGUCGAGAAGCCGCCCCCGUACUCCGAGGUCGUGGUGGAGGAGGUGCAGUGGGCGCGGAUCGGAGGCCUCACGGCGCGCGACUUCGCGGCUCCGCCCCCCUACAGCCCGCCUCCGCAGAGGGCCGCCCCCGCCGCCGCCCCCACCGCCUCCCUGGCGCCGCCUCCGCAGCCGCAGCCGCCGCCGCCGCCGCCGACGCCGCCCGUGCAGCGCCUGCGACGCUGCGUCCGCAAGGUCGUCGUGAUAGGCAGACUGGUCAGGAGGUCCUCCGCCGAACCCGAGGCGGACUGCGGCACUCAUCUGCCGAAGGGGCUGCCGCCCCCCACCACACCGGGACUCUCGACUGCGGCCACCUCUGCGGCCUCCGAGCCUGAACCACAAGCAGCGGCCUCAGCAGCUCAGGAGCCCGGGAGCCCCACGUCCACCGCGGCUUAGCCGUCACCGGGGGGACGUGGGAGUCCGAGCGUGGGGCAGCGCAGCUCCACGUCACGCGUCACACACACCGCGUUUCCUGACGUGAGCACCUGCUAAAUAAGGAACGAGACUCGAGCAAUUUAUGACAUACAUUAAUGACAACCUUUAUAUCUCCUAACCUGUUGUUAAUACUACUUUUCAGAAAAUUUCAUAUCUAUUUACUGAUGUAAAUGUAUUAUAUUGAUGCAAUAAAAAUGUGUUACUAAGUGAACAA